UCAAAACCCGAAGCCCAGAAUUCAGUAAGUUUUCUUGCUGCACAUUUCCUUGUCAGACAGCUACUGAUAGACGAUGUAAAAUCCAGUACAACAUUUCUCAAGUCAACAGCUAGUACUGCAAUUUUAAAGGAUUUUUUAGCUCCCAGUUGGGUGAUGUAUACAUGUGUUUAUAUAUAAAUAUAUGUGUGUUAUUGAAACAGCAAGAAUCAGGAAGGAAUUGAAUAUAAUGAAGAGGAAAAGGGAAAUGGAGAUGGGGGCUUCAGAAAUGAAGUCUGCCAUUGAAGAGCUAUCUAGCAUGGUUUUGAUCAAAGCAAAAGAUGGUAGCGAUUAUGACACCACUCUGCAUAUUCCCACAAAGCCUUUUCUCUCUAUCUGCAACUGCCUUCUUCAGGUUCUUGAUAAGAUUGGACCAACAAUGUUUGUUCUGAGACAAGAUGUACAUCAAAAUAUCCAGAGAUUGGAGAAGUUGCAUGAUUCAGAUCCUUCAUUGUAUUCAAAUAUGGUGGAGAUUCUGAAGAAGGAGAGAAAUGAAGGAAGUGCCAAGAAGGGUCCCAGCUGUAGUAAAGCCUUGGUUUGGCUCACCAGAUCACUGGACUUCACCUCAGCUCUGCUGCAACUACUGGUAGAAGAUCUGGAAAGGAACAUGGAAGAAGCAGUGGAAGAGUCGUACAACAUCACUCUCAAGCCAUGGCAUGGUUGGAUUUCUUCUGCUGCCUAUGGAAUAGCUGUAAAACUUGUGCCAGACAGCACAAGUUUUAUGAGGAUCCUGAUGAGCAAACAAGAAAGUAACAGUAAUGACAACCUUAACAAGGAAAUCCGCACCUUGGUUUCAUUAUUAGUACCUGUUUUACAAGAAAUUCACAAUGUUCUGGAAACAUAUGGUUUGAACAGGUUAAAAGCCACCUGAAGGAACUCAAGAAACUCAAAGUUGGUCAUACAUAUUAUCUGUGGAGUUCUGUUAGACAACUCCAAUUCCUUUGCUUUAAUGUACAAAUGUAUACAAGUAUAGAUGUAUAAAUAUUUUUCAUUUCACUUCUUUAAUUCCUCCCAGUUACUCCAAUAAAGAUAUUCCGAGAUGCCCAAUGGAAAA